GAACAUGGAAGAACGACUGAGAACCAUGGAAGAAAGGCUGCAGAGCAAGAGCAGCACAGAAGAACAACUGCAGAGGGAGAAUGAAGCUCUGAAGACGACGGUGGAAAUGAUGCAGGCUAAACUGGAAUCACUGCAGAGCAUUAAAGAAGCCAGACAAGUGGCCUUUUCUGCAUCGCUGUCUGCCUCUGGAAGUGGACAUACUGGACCAUUCAGCUCUGUGGAAUCUGCGCUGAUCUACAGAAAAGUCUCCGCUAACUUUGGAAAUGGCUACAACAGCGAAACAGGAAUUUUCACCGCACCGCUGAAAGGAGUUUACUACUUCCGAUUUUAUGCUCAUUGUCACACUGGCAACAAAAUGGCUGUCAGUCUCUACAAAAAUGAUAAGGUGCAGUGCUCUGUGUUUUCCGAGAGGCCUUGGACCAACGGCAACGCCAGCAAUGGGAUCGUCCUCAUUCUAGAAAAAGGAGAUCAGAUCUACACCAAGCUUUGGGACGAAUCCUGGGUUUACGAUGAUCCAGCAAGCUAUACAAGUUUCGGUGGAUUUCUGCUUUUCCCUCUAUAAAUGUCAGUAAUAUCCGAUAUCUAUUACUGAGUAUGAAAUAAAAGGAACAAUUACACUACAUUUUUAAAGGUCA